UCCGGGGCCACAAAGUUUAGACUGCCCUUUCCCGCAGUCAGUGAUGGGUCAGCAGAAGGAGCUUCCCACUCUCAGCUUGGCGGAGGUUCGUUGACUCCUCGCCAGGGGUCGGACGGUCGUCAAUGUUUGUAAACACCACUAUGGACGACGAGGAGGGCGGCGCGCCGGCCGAGCCUGCUAGGAGAAAGGCCGCUGCCACCGCCACCCUCAACAUUAGCAAAAAAAAUGCCACUCGGUUGAAAAGAGUAUCAUCAAUACUGAGAAAAAAGCGCAGCUCACUUACAUUGGAUGAUAGACGACUGCUGGAAGAAAAUGCUGAAUUGGUGGAAGAGUUUUAUAAAAGACGUGAGCGCCGGGCAGUGUGGCAGUCUCGGAAAACGGAGCAGGAAGACACGAAAGAAGACUUGCAGGCCAAGUGUGAGCAGUUGGCUCAGGCAAUUCAUGAUGCGGAAUUCCUAGUGGUGUAUACUGGAGCUGGCAUUUCUACAGCUGCUUCUAUUCCUGAUUAUCGUGGCCCCAAUGGUAUAUGGACAAUGCUUCAGAAGGGCCUUGAUGUUGGGCACCAUGACUUGUCUGCGGCAGAGCCAACACUGACGCACAUGGCCUUAUCCGCUCUGUACCAGCAAGGUAUCGUGCGGCACGUGGUUUCCCAAAACUGUGAUGGGUUGCAUCUGCGCUCUGGUUUGCCAAAGACAGCUAUGUCAGAAGUACAUGGGAAUAUGUACAUUGAGGUGUGUAAGCAUUGUGUGCCAGCACGGGAAUACGUGAGAACAUUCGAUGUGACAGAGAGAACCUCCAUCUACAAGCAUACUACCAGCCGACGCUGCUACAGAUGCGGUGAACCAUUAAUAGACACUAUUGUUCAUUUUGGUGAGAGAGGGAAGCUUCGGUGGCCUCUGAACUGGCAGGGAGCAUGCCAGGCUGCUAAUGCUUGUGAUACCAUCCUAUGUCUAGGCUCCAGUCUGAAGGUCUUGAAGAAAUAUACGUGGCUGUGGCAGAUGGACCGGCCGGCAAAGAAGCGGCCGCAGCUGUAUAUCGUCAACCUGCAGUGGACACCAAAAGAUAAGGACGCUACACUUAAGAUAAAUGGUAAAUGUGAUGAGGUGAUGGCCUUAGUGAUGAAAGCUUUAGGCUAUGAAUUGCCUUUCUAUUCACGCUCCAGUGAUCCAAUUUUCAACCUUUCAACUCAACUCCACCCCGCUGAAGCUGCCACCUCCUCCCGUCCACUCCUGAUUCCUCCACCAGAAGAUGAUGAGGCACUGGACGUGGUGGAAAACAAAGACCCGGUGGUUACAGGGCACGAUGUAAGAUGGAGUGGGAAGGUAGACAGGAAUGGCAAGCAUUCUGAAGAGGUUAAAGAAGAAAAUCUAGAAAAUGAAGUCAAAGAUGAGAAAUGUGACAUAAAAAGUGAAACUAAACAUGACAUAAAACCUGUGAAUGGUGUUCAUUCAGCUUUGAAUUUUGCUCUCCAUACUCAGUCAUUCGAAAAUGCAAAUAGUGAUUCUAAAGAUGAGUGUAAACCCAUUUUAGACGAGUCUAAUAGUUUGAUAAAAAGUGAAGGUGAAUUAAUCAAUGAUGUGAAGGAUGAAAUGGAUAUCAAAGAGGAAAAGACAUGGAAUAAUGGGGAGAGCUUUCCAGGUCACUACAGUGAGCUGUACAGAGCCCUAACAGUCAAGAGUAAAAGUAAUGAAGGUCAUGAGGCAUUGGAAAGCUCCGUCGACAUGGAAGAAAUGAAAAGUGAGCCCUCGGACAGUGAUGAAGACUUUCAAACUUCUGAUGCUGAAGGGGACCCAUGGCUAAGUGACAAACUAGAAGAGAAUACAUUAGAUGAAGAGAGUUCGUGUACCGAUUCAGACUCCAGUGAACAAAUGGAUGAUUGUCAGACAGAGGAUUCUGAAAUGAACAUUUCAGACCCUCAUCCACUGAAACCCAAUAACAUUGACUAUUUCAAGUUAGCUUAUGCAUCUACCAAUGUUCAGAUGGCCAAGCAAGGUCAGGCCAUUUUAAAACAAAAUGACUUUUAUGGUACUGGCCUCUGCAUAAGAUCGUUUGUUGACAACUCUAAAACCAGUGAUAGGAAUUAUAAGCCUGCUUCAAAUAGAGGGGUAAAGUCAAGUACUAUUGUGACUGCAAGCGAGAACACUCCUCAGAAUGCAGUUGCAGGCGUGGAGGCUCCUACAAGUAAAUUAACAAGUGUGAAAAGUACAUGCAGUAAACACAAACAAAGUGUAUGUCAUAGUGAGCGGGAUGGAAGUGAUACCUCUUCCUGUGUGCAGGAUGGAAGUGAUACCUCUUCCCAUGUACGGGAUGGAAGUGAUACCUCUUCCUGUGUGCGGGAUGGAUGGGAUGCCUCUUCCCGUGCGUGGGAUGGAAGUGAUACUCUUUCCCAUGUGCAGGAUGGAAGGAGUACCGCUUCCCAAUUACGGGAUGGAAGUGAUACCUCUUCCCAUUUAUGGGAUGGAAGUGAUAUUUCUUCUCAUUUACGGGAUGGAAGUGAUAUCUCUUCCCGUGUGCAGGAUGGAAAUGAUACCUCUUCCCGUGUACGAGAUGGAAGUGAUACCUCUUCCUGUGUGCGGGAUGGAAGGGAUGCCUCUUCCCGUGUGUGGGAUGGAAAUGCUACCUCUUCCUGUGUGCAAGAUGGAAGCGAUACCUCUUCCCAUGUACGGGAUGGAAGUGAUACCUCUUCCCAUGUACGGGAUGGAAGUGAUACCUCUUCCUGUGAGCGGGAUGGAAGUGAUACCUCUUCCCUUGCAACAACCACAGUUUUGUCUGAAUUGUCUAGUCUUCCCAACCAUUGCAAGUCUCCUACUGCAAUGAGUGUGUGUACAAGAAAUUGUAAUAAGAUGUUAUCUGUGUGUUCAAGUGAAUAUGAAAAUAUAUUGACUUCAUGUUCGGGGAACUGUAAGCAGAAGUGCGUAUGUUGUAAUAAUCACGAGAGUGAUGCAGCGGCAGUGAGUCUUUCUUACAGUCGUUUGAAAACAUCAAAUCACGUGCUGAAAAAAACACAUGAUUCAAAGAUUUCUUUGAGAAUGCCACUAUUUUCAUCCAAGAUACAAGUGAAUGAUAUUAAUGAGGCAGAAACUGCCCCUCAGAAGUGUGACGUUCCAAUACAAAACACUGUUGAUUGUCAGGGAGACAGGUCUUUGACUCGGAGAAAUAGUGCGUCUUCAGAUGGGAGUUUUAUGUUAAGAACGCACAUUGUUGAUGGCAUAAUCAGAACAGCUUGUGUUGAAACUCUUACAGAUGAUAAGCCUGAAGAUGAAAAUGUGCUUGUUCCUUCCAUAGGCAUUACCCAUAAGGUUUCUCUUCCAAAAGACAAUAUUACUAGGAUAACUCUUCCUUCUCAUAUUGGUACUAAGAGUCUCAGCAUUCCCUUGUGCAAUAAUUCUUCUUUAUGUCAAGAAAACUUUGUCUCAAAAACCCAGGUCAGUGCCAUCGCUCAGCACUCAAACUUUAAAAACGUUGAUUCCAAGUUUGUGCCUCAGCUCAGGGUUUCUGAAAGUGAUGAGUUGAAAUCUAUUUGGCAACAAAGUUUUUGUGGUUCCAGCAAUGAGAAAAACUUGAGUACGUUAGCAAUGAUGAUGGGCAUGAAAGAGUGUAGACUUAUUAAAUGUGAAAAUAGGGAUCCUAAUAAUAUAAAACCCAGAGGAGACGAAAUAGUUCAGAGUCCAGAGAAGUCGAGCUCGGUUAUUCUCAAAAACAUUUGCACAGAAGCCCUAAAUGACAGUGUUGCUCGACAGAAAGGCUCGGCAAAACGUAAACUUAAAGGGUGUGACAAUGAGGAUGUGAAGUGUAUUUGGUUUUGGGGAUUUGAUAGUAAUGUUGAAAAUAAAGAAAAGGAGUUUAAUGAAAGUCCUGGUAACAUGAUCAGUGGUGAUGAAUCCCCAAUUAUGAACGGCUUGGGUGAAGUUAGUAUGGACACAGAUGGUAAUGAAUGUCUGCCUGUUGGGCGAGUGACCAGAAGUAGGACUCGAGCGUCCAGUGAUUCUCGAGUUGCCCCUGAAGUUGAUGUCUUUAAAUGUCACUGUAAUGGGAGUAACCCAGAAUUGUGUAAAACAGCAAGACUGCGAGCCUCACGAGCUGUAUGUGAUGCUGAUGUUGAAAAAGCGAGGGAAAUUAUUAGAAGACGACGCACGUACAACUACCGAAAGUAUGAACCUGUAUUUGAGAAAAAGCUUAAGAGUUUUACAUAUGAAAGAAUAAGGGUAAAAAGAAAAUCUAAAUUUGAAUCUGUACAUAGCAAUGAUUUAGAGAAUGUAGAUGAAGAGGAAUAUUAUGAGCAAGAAAAUGAAGCAAAAGAGGAUGAACAAAAAGUCAGUGAUAGUGAAGAAUGUAGAGAAAAAGAUGAAAAAGGUGAGAAAAAAAUUACACCAGGGUGGUAUGGAAAGGGAUUGAGAAAAGGCAUGAAAAAGAAAACACGAGUGUGACACAAAAACGCACAAGUUUGGUUGAGUUUCCAUGUACCAUACACAUAUAUUAAAAGCUCCUGUUUCCUGUAUGGAACGAGAAGCUGGUCAGUAGCAUGUACCUGAAGAUGACAUGUGAGGUGGGAUCAAAGAUUUUAUGUUGAUAUUAUAUUUUUUGAAAGUUGCCAUUAUUUAUCAUUUGAUAUUGACAAGAGAGGCUUUCACCAGGCAUAAUUCCAUAGAGAAUAUGGAAGGUGAAUGUACAUUAUUAAUGUAUAUAAUUUCCUUCAUAGCUCGAAGGUGUGUAUAUUUUGAAUAAUACUUUCCGACUUCCUUUUGGUACAUCAUUUAACCUCAGUAAGUCAAUACUGUAGUUCUAUCAUUGUAUGUAAAAAGGUUGAAAUUUUCAUGGCUGAUAAAUCCAUAGAAGCUCACAUUGACCUCUAUAACUUAUUGUAAUAGAUCUCUUUAUAAAAUAAGAUGUAUGUUUUAAUGUACAGGAGAUAAGUUAUUAGCAAAACUGUUCUGAGAAUGUGAGAAAUUUGCAAGUCCUGGUAAAUGUGUAUUGAAUAUAGUAUUUAUAUUUACUGUCUUAUUAUGUUUGAUCUCUAAGUAGAAUAAAUAGGGUAGGAUUGAUCAAAGAUUACUCUUAAAAUUUUUGACAUCCUACCCCUUAUAGGUCAUUUUUACUGUAGAAGUUUGCUGAAUGGUUUUUUUAAAACUUGGGCUUGUUUUAUUACAUAUAAGAUAUGUCACAUUAACAUUUAUUGCGAAUGAUAAACUGUGUGAAAGUUUAGAAGAUAUUAAGGUAUUUAGGAUUGGGUGUAUGUGAGAAUAUUAAAAUAAUUUGUCUGAAAAUA